AUGAGUGUCGCCGAACUUGUACGUAAAUUUAAUACUCAAGUAAAUCCUUCAUCGUUGGAAAAUCAGCAAGCCCAGCAAUCGUCAUACGAUCAAGACAGAAAUGAUCAAGGAUACCAGAGAAAUGUUACUAGACAUAAAACAAGGAAAACAUCUUUUUCUACGACACAGAAUGAAUCGAAUAAUCGGAAAUCGAAAACUCAAGUUAAUAAUAGAACAAGGCGUGAACAACCAUCAUCAAUAGUUUCAAAUAAUUAUUCACCUGUGAUGACACAGGGCACAUCGAGACAAAUACCUCAUUCAUACAAUCAUGGUCAAUAUUCAUUAAAAAACUAUCAAAACUCUGUGUCUCAUGACAGUUUCAAAUAUGUCAUUCCACCACAAGAACAAGCAUAUGGUCAAGGAACAUACACACAAAUAACACUUGAUGAAUCAGAUGCUUUUAACCAUAAUCUUGCUCUUCAAGUACAAUAUCCUUCAAAAGUAUUGUUCAAUGAAGCAUCAGAAAGAUAUUCUCCACAACAUAUGUCAAUAAUAGCAGAUAAUGAUUUCAGUAAUAUGAAACUAAUUGAUAUUCGACAUGUACUGAAUCUUGCUGAACAAGAUUAUCUGCAUAGUGUUCAGCCAUAUGUAUCGAGCGUGAAAUUUAAAAAGAAUUAUGAAGAUGAUCCAGUUUUCAUUGAUAUCAGAUCAAGAACAAUAGCAACUAUUCCAACAGAUUAUACAAGACAAAAUGCGGAAGUAUAUCAUCGACAAGUACCAGCACGUCAAGGUAUUGAUACAAAUGAUUUUAGUUCAUACGAAGAAAUGCAGUCACACCCUUCGUUUACCGAUCAUCAGUAUUCAUCAGUGAAUAGAAGAAAACGCACAACACGACAUCGCGUUCAAGCAUUAUCACCCAUCCAACCAUCCAAUACUGUGGAUGCACGACCCCAAACAGACAAUAAAGAUAAUAUCGAAAUUUUAUUAAAACGUUCUAAUAAUGUGAAUUGUCCACAAGAAUCAUGUGCUGGCAGUGAAUGUCAUUUAAUUGUUGUCGUAUGCAGCGUGACAAUGCAACAUGCACUGAACAUAUUUCGACAUCAUCCAUGUUCAUAUCAUUCUUGUGUGCCAACAACUAGUGUCAAGACAACUGAAACAACAAGUGUUCGAUCAAUGAUCUUUUCAUAUUAG